ACACCCAUCACCAAUGAUGUUUACAUUUCUUCUUGUGUUCUUGUUUGCCCUGCCAUUGGGGCACAGUUUAAGCUGUUCCUCGUACACCAGCUCUCGAACUAAGACCAUUUGCGAGUACUACUCGAGUGAGUCGUCCAUAUAUAAGGCAAGAAUUACGGCCUCUCAAUGCAAAUGUGGACUUGGAAGCCCUACACUCUUCUCUUGCAUUGACUUCCGGCAGAACUCUAGCGGGAGUUUAGUAGUUACUGUCCAGAGAUUGUUUGACUGCAGUGGCUCAAAUGGUAUAUAUUACAAGGACUGUAAUAGCAUCAUCAAUAACCUCGGGAUCAGCAAUGCCUCCAUCAUUAAUAGCACAGUUACUCCAGAGACUGUUUCGUGUGUAAAUAUUUCAUAUUCUCCUGAGGAUUAUGGCUGUGCAGUGACACAUGAUCCAUGUUACUAUACAGCGGUUGUUGAAGAAGUUUACAAAGGAAGCAUUCAGGUUGGAGCUUUAUUUAACACUAGCGGUCCUCAUUCAAUAACUUGUGUGUCUUCUGGUCAGUGUGUUCUCAAUGUAGGAGAGAGUUACAUUGUUGGGAUUGGUGGCGCAUGUUAUGCUAUUAGUCCUUGGUCAUCCUAUAAUACUUACACUAGUGAUGAUAUCGAGCUAUUGGAAGGAUUGAGAGAUGGGGGAACAACAGCUUGCAAUGUGAGUGUUGGAGGGACAUCAAGCUCCAAUAGUCAAGCAAUCAUAAUUGGAGUCUCGGUAUCUCUUGGUGUCUUACUUAUACUUGUUGCUCUGGCUUUCAUUAUUACUAUUAUUGUCUUUGUUGUAAAGAAAUCUCCUGGUAGGUGUCGCCGUACAAGGGAAGAAGUUGUGGUGAAGGUUGAUGAUGUCAGUGAUGGAGAGACUAUGCCCAGUAUAUCUACUAAGCCAGAAGAACCAGAAGAACUGCUUGAAAGCAAAGAACAUGAUGACAAAACUAACAUUUUGAGUGAUUCCUAACUAAUCUUUCCUUUCUUACCACAAUCCUUGAUUAUAAUUAUAAUUUUUAUCAAUAUUAUUAUUAGUAUCGUUGAUUACAAUCAAAACUUGAAAGACAA